AUGUUCUUCACGUCAAUCUUCUCCCUGUUGACGCUCGGCGCGGUGUCGAGCGUCUCUGCACAAGCCGCUGUUAAUGAGGGUUAUGUAUUCGCAUACUUCACCAACAAUAGCCGAGCGGGUGAAAAGAUUUACCUAGCUGCAAGCAAUGGCAACAAUGCGCUCGACUGGACUGAGUUGAACAAUGGCCAGCCAAUCCUCACCUCCACAAAAGGAACCACUGGACUGCGCGAUCCCUUCCUCAUCCGCUCAAAUGAUGGUAGCAAGUUCUUUCUGAUUGCUACAGACCUCUCCAUUGGAUCAGGCACCUCAUGGGGUGCCGCUGUGAGGACCGGAAGCCGCUACCUUGAGGUCUGGGAGUCUCCAGAUCUGAGGACCUGGAGCGAGCAGAGGCACAUCCUUGUCUCACCCCCAGAGGCUGGCAACACAUGGGCGCCAGAGGCAUACUUUGACACCGACCUCAACGAGUAUGUUGUCUUCUGGGCAUCGUCGCUGUACGCGGCCAAUGAUCCAAACCACACAGGUUCCACAUAUCACCGCAUGCUCUACGCGACGACCAAGGACUUUGUUACAUUCAGCCCGACUAAGAUAUGGCAGGAUGCUGGCACAUCACGGAUCGAUUCCACAGUCCUCAAGGCAGGCGAUGUUUUCUACCGCUUCACCAAGGACGAAGGAGGCGUAACAGGAUGCGCUGACAUCAUCCAGGAGAGCUCCACAUCUCUCCUGGCCCCGCUUGAUGGAUGGACAAUUGGCGCUAGCUGUAUUGGCAGGAACGCAGGCCUAGGUGCUGUUGAAGGACCGACGGCCUUCAAGUCCAACCCUGGGGAUGUUCACGGAGAGAAGUAUUAUCUUUUCGUUGAUGAGUACUCCGGCAGGGGCUAUGUACCACUGGAGACUGCAGACAUGAGCAGACCCGAAUGGAAGGUCUCUCCCAACUACAAGUUGCCCGCUAGCCCCCGUCAUGGAACUGUUGUUCCCGUCACUGCAGCCGAACUUGCUGGUGUCACAGGCCGCUCAACGACCAACUCCAGGCGCAAGAAGAGUGAACUUGCCACUCGCCAGGCAUCUGGCAACCCAGUUCUCCCGGACUUUUACGCCGAUCCAAAUGCUAUCAUCUUUGAUGAUACUUACUACAUUUACGCAACGACUGAUGGAUUCCCCGGCUGGGGUGGAAAAGUGUUCUACACCUGGCAAUCCAAGGAUCUCGUGAACUGGUCUAGGGCUGAGACACCAUUCUUGACACUGAACGGAACGAACGGAAAUGUCCCAUGGGCAACUGGAAACGCUUGGGCCCCUACCAUCAUUGAGCGCGAAGGUACUUACUCCUUCUAUUUCAGUGGCCACAAUCCAGAGUUCAACCGAAAGACCAUUGGUGUUGCUACAGCCAGCUCUCCAGAAGGCCCGUUCACAGCACAACCAACACCCAUGAUCACCAACAACGAAGCCAUCAAGACUGGUCAGGCCAUUGAUCCACAUGCGUUCUUUGAUCCCGCGACGGGCAAGUACUGGCUCUCCUGGGGCAACGGCACACCCUUGAUGGCGGAAUUGAACGACGACAUGAUCUCCAUUAAACAGGAAACACUGCACAAGGUCGAAGGACUCGUCAACUUCCGCGAGGGCUCAUUCUUGAAUUACCGAAAGGGACUUUACCACUUCACCUACUCAAUUGACGACACUGGUGUUUCAGGCUACCGCGUGGGCUAUGCAACCUCAGAGGACAUCAUGGGACCCUGGACUUACCAUGGACUGAUCCUAGAAAAGGAUGAAUCACAGGGUAUCUUGGCAACGGGCCACAGCUCCAUCAUCAACGUGCCAAACACGGAUGAGUGGUACAUUGUCUACCAUCGCUUUGCCAUCCCUGGUGGAGAUGGUACGCACCGUGUCACAUGCAUUGACAAGCUGACUAUUGAUGAGGAGACGGGCCUUAUGCAGCCGGUCAAGCCUACUCUGACAGGAGUUGAUCCCAGGCCUCUUCAGUAG